AUGCUCCUUUCCGUCCUUGCCCUCGCGACGCUCGCCUCGCAGGCAUCCGCGCACUACACGUUCCCCAACCUCAUCGUCAACGGCGCCAAGACCCCCGACUGGGUGAACGUCCGGCGCACGAACAACUACCAAACCCAAGCGCCCGUCACCGACGUCACCUCGGCCGACUUCCGCUGCUACAACUCCCAGGGCGCCGCCUCCGCCACGACCGUCUCCGUCGCCGCCGGCGCGACGCUCGGGAUCGCCUGCGACCAGACGAUCUACCACCCCGGCGUGCUCAACGUCUACAUGGCGCGCGCGCCCUCCUCCACGCCCGUCGCCGCCUGGGACGGCGCCGGGCCCGUCUGGUUCAAGGUCCACCAGCUCUCCGCGCAGACGAACGGCGGGCAGAGCAUCGCCUGGCCCGCCCAGAACCUCCCCUCCGUCUCCUUCACCGUCCCCCGCGCGCUCCCGAGCGGCCAGUACCUCGUCCGCGUCGAGGCCAUCGCGCUCCACGUCGCCCAGACGUUCGGCGGCGCGCAGUUCUACAUCUCCUGCGGCCAGGUCCAGGUCACCGGCGGCGGGAGCGGCACGCCCGGGCCCCUGGUGUCGAUCCCGGGCGUGUACACGGGCCACGAGCCGGGGAUCCUCAUCAACAUCAACUGGCCGAUCCCGGUCAACUACACCCAGCCUGGCCCGGCCGUCUGGUCCGGAUAA